CACUCCAGGCCUUACAUGGCCUCAGUGCAGCACAAUAACAAGCAUGUCUGUGGUGGUUUCCUUGUGGACAAGUUCUUUGUCAUGACUGCAGCACAUUGCCUGACAUGGGGAGAGAACCUGACCGUCGUGCUUGGUGCUCAUAACAUUUCAGCAGGAAAGUCAGAGUCUGUCAAGAUUGAAGUGAAAUUUUACCAUGUCUACCCUGGCUAUUCCCGUCUAUUGCAGAAUGACAUCAUGCUGCUGCAGCUGAGCAGAGAAGCUCAGAAGAACAAGGCAGUGCAGUGGAUCUCUCUCCCUAAGCAAGACAAGGACAUCAAAGCCAAAACCAGCUGCAGUGUGGCAGGAUGGGGGGCCACCAAAACAAAUGGGAGAGAGAGUCCGCUUCUUCAGGAAGCCAACGUGACUGUCGUGAACAGAGCACAGUGUCAAAAAGCAUGGGGGAGGACAAAUAUCACUCAAAGGAUGCUGUGCGCUGGGGGAAAUGUUGAUAACAGAGGAUUCUGCCAGGGGGAUUCAGGAGGCCCCUUGGUGUGCAAGGACAAAGCAGUAGGAAUUGUGUCAUUCAAUGAGAGGGGAAACUGCAAUGCACCCAAAAAACCCAAUGUCUACACUCAAAUAUCCAAGUACCUGCCCUGGAUCAAGUGCAUCCUAAGAAGGGCUGAGGGGGACCAGCUGCGUAUUGUUGGUGGGCAUGAAGCUGAGCCCCAUUCCCGCCCUUACAUGGCUUCCCUGCAAGACGGCACUGUUCAUAUGUGUGGAGGAGCGCUAAUCAGGGAGGACUUUGUGCUCACAGCUGCGCACUGUCAAGGGAACUACAGAAUAGUCCUGGGGGCUCACUCCCUGGACGAGCAAGAAACAUCCCAGCAGGUGUUUACGGAUCUCAGCUUCUUCCCACACAAAGCGUACAACUAUACCAACAAUGACAUCAUGCUGAUCAAGCUGAAUGGGAAGGCGAAGCUGUCUAGCGCUGUCCAGGUCAUCCCUAUGAUGCAUAAAAAACUGCGGGAGGGCAAGGAGUGCAGCGUAGCUGGCUGGGGUGACAUUGGUGACAAUGACACCUUCCCUGACACACUGCGAGAGGUGAAAACUACCAUCAUCAACAGGAAGACAUGCGACCAACAGCACAAAAGGAUUGACAUAACAAGCCGAUUGGUGUGCGCAACAGGCCAGAAGAAAUACCAAGGCUUUUGCACGGCGGAUUCAGGAGGUCCAUUGGUGUGCGACAGGAUGAUAGCAGGCGUUGUUUCAUUCUCAGGCCGGCGAUGUGGGGACCAAAGAACCCCAGAUGUUUACACACGUGUUAUCAGUUAUAAACGCUGGAUUGCGAACAUCCUUAAAAAAAACAAAUGA